GGCGGAUGAUUUAGAUGUCAGUAAUGAGACGGCAAAAUUCGCCAAAAAAGGCAGGAGAGCUAAGCUGAUGUCUAAAGAUAAGGAUGGUCUGAGUUCUAGUGAAAUUAAUUUGAGAAAAGCUAGUGGGGAAAAGACUACUGACCUGCCAGAAUGCAAAAUAGGUGGUUGGAAUGAGGGUGAAAUUUCCCAUAUUGCAUCAUUCGGAAGGUAUUUAUCUAACUUUAAAGAGUUCGAAUUUCGUUCACAAAUGUAUUUUUAUUUGCAGAAGAGCUCAAGAAGAUAUAAAUAACGUGUGCAAAACUUUACUGAAUGAAGACUCGGACGAAGAACUCGAGAUACCUAUUGUCCCUGAUCUAAGUAGCGCUGAAGACCAGUCUAUCACAUUCGAAGGCGCUGUUGCUCCAAGUGUGGUUAUUAAUAAAAUUCCGUCAUACUCUGAACUUACUCAAGAUCUACUCCAUCAUGGCAUGCUUCAGUUGUUGGAUGAUCAUAUUAACAUAAGGGUGUUGACAAGACAUUUAUUCUCUGAAUCUGAACUGCAAGAAAGUGAUGAAACAUGGGGUUGGGAUUUUUUGUUCACCGAAUUAAAAACACUAAGAUAAGGUUGUAAAUUAAAGUUCUAAUUCUAGUUAAUGAAACUCUUAUCAUAUUUCACUUCCAUCAAUCUUUUGAACUUGCAUAUAUUUCAUGUAAAUAAAUUAAAAACAAGUUGUAUAGAAGAUAGAAAUUAUCAAAA